AUGUAUGCCUUCGUAGGAGAGGGGAUGAUGGUGGUGGUAAUGCAACAGGUACAGUUCCAUUUAGCAGCUCUGGCAUCUCUGAAAGGAGACAUAGUGGAGCUUAACAAGCGUCUACAGCAAACGGAACGAGAAAGGGAUCUCUUGGAAAAGAAAUUGGCAAAAGCACAGGGUGAACAAUCUCAUCUCUUGAGAGAACAUGAAGAUGUUCAGGAACGAAUGACCCUGCGCUAUGAGGAGCGGAUCACGGAGCUCCACAGCAUCAUUGCUGAGCUAAAUAAGAAGAUUGACCGCUUACAGGGAACAACAAUCAGGGAAGAAGAUGAGUACUCAGAGUUGCGAUCAGAGCUCAGUCAAAGUCAACAAGAAGUCAAUGAGGAUUCUCGAAGCUUGGAUCAAGAUCAAACUUCUGUCUCCAUCCCUGAGAAUCAAUCUACCAUGGUCACUGCUGACAUGGAUAACUGUAGUGAUCUGAAUUCAGAACUGCAAAGAGUACUGACUGGGCUGGAGAAUGUUGUCUGUGGGAGAAAGAAGAGCAGCUGUGGUCUCUCAGUAGCUGAAGUGGAUAGACAUAUUGAACAACUCACCACUGCAAGUGAACACUGUGAUUUGGCUAUUAAGACAGUUGAAGAAAUUGAGGGAGUAUUGGGUCGGGAGCUCUAUCCCAAUUUGGCUGAAGAACGAUCUCAAUGUGAAAAAGAGCUGGCUGGUCUAAGAGAAGAGAAUGAAAGCUUGACUGCCAUGUUGUGUAGCAAAGAGGAAGAACUCAAUAGGACUAAGGCCACCAUGAAUGCUAUCCGGGAAGAGAGAGACAGGCUACGAAGAAGGGUUCGAGAACUACAAACACGCUUACAGAGUGUCCAGGCAGCAGGGCCCUCCAGUCCAGGUCGUCUUACCUCUACUAAUCGACCAAUUAAUCCUAGCACUGGAGAACUGAGCACCAGUAGUAGCAGCAAUGACAUCCCCAUUGCCAAGAUUGCUGAGAGAGUGAAGUUGUCCAAGACAAGGUCAGAGUCUUCCUCGUCUGAUCGGCCUGUCCUGGGAUCAGAAAUCAGCAGUAUAGGGGUAUCUGGCAGUGUGGCAGAGCACCUAGCCCACUCUCUUCAGGACUGUUCUAAUAUCCAGGAGAUUUUCCAGACACUCUACUCACAUGGAUCUGCCAUCUCAGAAAGCAAAAUUCGAGAAUUUGAAGUAGAGACAGAGAGAUUGAACAGUCGAAUAGAGCACCUGAAAUCCCAGAAUGAUCUACUGACCAUAACCUUGGAGGAGUGCAAAAGCAAUGCUGAAAGGAUGAGUAUGCUGGUUGGGAAAUAUGAGUCCAAUGCUACAGCUUUGAGACUUGCAUUACAAUAUAGUGAGCAGUGCAUAGAAGCCUAUGAACUCCUUUUGGCACUAGCUGAGAGUGAACAAUCCCUUAUCCUUGGGCAGUUCCGAGCAGCAGGUGUGGGAUCUGUUGGGGACCAGACAAGAGAUGAAAAUGUUACCCAGAUGCUCAAACAUGCUCAUGAUUGCCGGAAGACAGCUGAGAAUGCUGCCAAAGCCCUGCUGAUGAAACUGGAUGGAAGCUGUGGGGGAGCAUUUGCCGUCCCUGGCUGCAGUGUACAGCCAUGGGAGAGUCUUUCUUCCAAUAGCCAUACCAGCACAACCAGCUCUACCGCUAGUAGCUGUGAUACAGAAUUCACAAAGGAAGAUGAGCAGAGGCUAAAGGAUUAUAUUCAGCAGCUCAAGAAUGACAGGGCAGCUGUCAAAUUGACCAUGUUGGAGUUGGAAAGCAUCCAUAUUGAUCCUCUUAGUUAUGAUGUCAAGCCUCGGGGAGAUAGCCAGAGAUUAGAUCUAGAAAAUGCUGUGCUGAUGCAGGAGCUGAUGGCAAUGAAGGAGGAAAUGGCUGAGCUGAAAGCCCAGUUAUACCUACUGGAGAAAGAGAAGAAAGCUCUGGAACUGAAGCUGAGUACUCGAGAGGCACAGGAACAAGCAUAUUUGGUACACAUUGAACAUCUCAAAUCUGAGGUGGAGGAACAGAAGGAACAAAAAAUGAGGUCACUCAGUUCUACCAACAGUGGAAGCAAAGAAAAAACUGGCAAGGAGUGCAUUGAUGGAGCCUCAUCUGUGCUAUCCUUAGCUGAGCUGAGGACAACAUUCAGUGAGAAUGAUUUGGCAGCAGAAGUUACCAAUGCUCUACGACGGGAGAAGAAACUGAAGGCCAGAGUCCAGGAGCUGGUGAGUGCCUUGGAAAGACUGACCAAGAGCAGUGAAAUCCGACACCAGCAAUCUGCUGAGUUUGUGAAUGAUCUGAAAAGAGCAAACAGUAACCUGGUGGCUGCAUAUGAGAAAGCAAAGAAGAAGCAUCAAAAUAAACUGAAAAAGCUGGAGUCUCAGAUGAUGGCCAUGGUAGAGAGACAUGAAACUCAAGUGAGGAUGCUCAAACAGAGAAUAGCUCUGCUGGAGGAGGAAAACUCAAGGCCGCACACCAAUGAAACUUCGCUUUAAAAGGCACCAAAAUUCUGCCCAAAGAAGCUUAAAAAGGAGAGAAGGACCAAGAGAAUUAAUGAUUACCUGCCAAGAUCUGCCAAAGUAAAGCUGGCAGGUAGGGAUAGCAUCUGUCAAGUUGGUCUCCACGAAAACCACUUGUCAGGGCCUCUUGGAGAGCUUCCCAAGAGAGCAGUGGUUGGCCACAUACUUUGUAUACUGUUCUUAAAGGGAAUGUAUCUCACCAACUUUCAAAGGACAAACCAUCAACAAUAAAUGUAUGUCUCUUAUGUGCAGGAGGCCCUGGCCUACCAUACCUCAGAUAUUUGACCCUGACAAAUACGUUUUUAGCUCUUCCCCAUUCCCCAAAAACCACCCUUUGUAAUCUUGGAGAUAAAAAUUUGAGUUAUUUGGUUUUCACUAAUUCCGAUAUCUUCCCAUUUUUUGCCCAGGCAUUGGGCCUAUUUUUUUCCCGGGCAACCCCAGUUCCCUUAGCUUUUAACCUAAUGGGAUGCAAAGUCCUGACAUAGAUAUGGAGCAAGUGAAUGUCAUAUAUAGGCUUAAGUGCCCAAGAGAUACAUGAAGGCUGCAAUUGGCUGUCCUUCAUUUUAGAAGCUGAUACAACUCCAAGGGUCUCACCUAAGUGGCCUUUCCUAUCUCUGAAAGUGAAACAGAGUUGGCAGCAUAUCUGAAAUCAUUCAAAAUGUAUCUUUCACAAAUGCCAAAAUCAGGUCCUUUAAUGGAAGAGUAUAUUCUGGAAACAAUAGAAACUUAACAUCUCUCUGGAGUUGAGAAGGGAAACCUGCGUGAAACCUCCCUUAUGAAUUUGGAAUUAGAGCUCCCACCCACUUCACAAAAACAAAAACACAAAAAAAAAUAACGAGGAGGAUACUCUCAGAAAGUACAGUGCAAGCAAAAUGUAUUUUAUGAAUUCCUUAAGAAAAACAUCUUUUCACUUUUACUGUAGAACCCAAAGGUUGUAUUAUUGAUUCAAGAUAAUAAAUAUAUACAACACAUGGCUUCAGGUAUAUGUUGGAAUAAACAUAUUUGAAAAAGUUGUAUUAAUGUAGUCAACUCCUGUUCAAGCAACUUGUGCUAUAAAUCAUGUGGAAUCCCCAGUUCAAAGGAACUUUUCCCCAAUUUUGUCUAUUAUCCUUGUGAACAAGAGAAUGGCUUAUGGCCUCUUCACUUAGGAAGGGUGGAGAUUAACACAUGGUGACUAGAAAAUGCAGAAAGAUAAAAACAUGGAAAAAUAUUUUUUAAAUUAAAAAUUAAAAAAAAAAGAAAUAUAGGAAGGGCUUAAAUAAAGAAUUUAUAGAGCUAAAAGGGACCCAGGUUAUCCACAUACUUUUUAGGAUUUCUCUUGUUAAAUAUGGUAUUAUUUUGUUUUUCCUAUUCAGUUUUCUACUCCCAUCACACAUAUAGUGUUGUUACUACCACAGCUCUAAGUGCAGGUAAAUAAUGAAUGAUAAGGUAAUAGAGGUUGAAACUGGUCUGUAGUUCACCACAAAACUUAAGACUGAAUGAAAAAGAAUAUGGAGGGUCCUAGUUGUAGGGGAAGAAUUCGAUUUAACAAAUAUUUAUUAAGCAUCUUUACUUGCAAUGCAUUAUGCUAAUUGCUAGAGAUAUCAAAAUGAAAGAAGACACCCUAUCUCCUCAGGGAGCUUCUAAGGAAUAGGAAAUAUAUACAAAUAGGAAGAACUAUUUGGACCAAGGGGACCUACUCUUAUACAAAAAUAAUCAGAUCUGGAAGAAGACUCACUCACAAGACUAUCAGAGCUAGAAGGCACCUCAGAGAUUAUUCUGUCUAGUCCAAGUGUCAUCUUUUUGUAAGGAAAUGAAAAUAAAAUGACUCGCCCCUGGGGGCAGCUGGGUAGCUCAGUGGAUUGAGAGCCAGGCCUUAGAG